AUGGCGAGCUCGCAUAGAUCCGUGCCUGGGAGAUCCAGAGCAGCAGCAGCACCAUCGCCAUCUUCGUCGGGUAAGCAGGCCGAUGAGCCUACCUUUCUCGAUCCAACCGACGAUGCCACGUUUCAAUCUCUGAAAAAGCUUCUAUCGGCGCCCGCUUCGAGUACACAGCAUCUCAGCCUACUUUCGGAGAGCACGCUGUUCGGAAGUAUCACAUUUUACCUGAGCAAACUCGAGCUCGACCAUGUGGCCGAGUUUGCCGGCGUCAUCAGCUCGAGCGGCUGCCUCUGGACGCCACCACCUCCCGCAGCCAAGCCGCCGACAGCAACGCCGCGCAGCGCAUCAAACCAGGUGACUUGGACAACAGAGCCUGGAUCGUCCUCGAGCGACUCGGAAAAGGCGGACAUUGCCAAGACGACCACCACUGCGUCAUCCAACAGUGCCCGAUCGAGUGCGUCGAGCUCCUUGAGCGGCUUCUUGAUCUCGCGCUCCACCAGCGUCUCUCAAGCUGUGGCUGCUGCGCUCACCAAGAGAGCGGAUCUCAUUGUUCGGUCCAAGAAGAAUUCGACCGGAUGGGCUUCGCGUUCAGCUCUGUCACAGUACCUCGGUGCUGUCAUCCAAGGCAUCGACGAUACAGAGCGAGAUGCGACCCCAGAAUCCUACCGAGCAGCGAGAGGGUUGCCGAUCCCUCGCCUCGCCAUCAUUGGAGGCCUACUCAACGCUCUCUCCAUCCUCAAGGACCAACGCGCGCGCACACGCAACAUGUCGAUCCUCGACGAGAUGGCUGCGCUGCGCGCCAACCCUGUACUCGGGCUCAGUGUUCGGCAGCAACUCAGCACCAUUCAAGAUGAAUGGAUCGUGACGCUCGCCGAGAUCCUGGACCACCUGCAUGGACAGCCCGGCUCGUCUGCUUCGGCCACUGCCUUCCAGGCUGGCUCUGGCUCCAGUGCAAGUCGUGAGCGCGAGGACGAUGUCGACGAGUGGGAGGCCGAGUUCCGAAAGCGCACUGCGUCCGUUUCAGGACCUGCUAGCAUCACUUUGCUUGCCUCAAAGCAAACCCUACGUGCUGCCUUGAGCGACGUUCGCGACGUACCUCUAUACAUGGCCGCUCAGCUUGCACCGCUGGUGCCUGACCGCAAGAUCCACGCGCUUGAUCCUGUUCAGCUGACAUCAGUCACUAGCGAUGCCAUCCUCUCGCUCUUCGAAGGGCCUCAAGGCUCGUGUUUUCUCGCCACGCUUGCUCAAGAUGUUCACACGCAGAAAAGCUGUGGUGAAGAUGGGAUAAAGAUCCUAGUCGACGCAAACGGUGCCACUGCCAACGCCCUUCAAGGCAUCCUCGACUCGACUCUUUUCCCGCUGCUAGGUCCGCUGUCGAAGCUCAUGUCUCGCGCUCUUGCCAAGGCAGUGACGUCGCUGACACCCGAAGAGCUCUCGGCGCUACUGCUUGGAACCGCCGAUGCAGCACUCGAGCCUCGAUUCGGCGAGACAGAAUUCUUCCCCUUCCUCGUUCGCAUGUCUCGCCUCUCUUCUCGUCUCGAGGCAUCAUGGCUAGCGAGUGCACUCGCCGGCGCCAAUGAAGACGACAUUGUCGAAUCGAGCCGACAGCUCACCAAGCAGCUGUGGACGACGUUCAAAACGCUGCUUUUCAGCUAUACCAUGCUGUUUGACUCGAUGAUGGAUGCGCUCGUCGACAUGUGCCCCAGUCCGACGCUUACUAUCCCAGCCGCCGCGGCCGUGGCCGAGACGGAUGCACUCGUCGAUUCGUCGUUGACAAGUCGCAGAUGGCCGUAUGCAUCGACGUCGAAUUUACCUCCUCCGUAUCUGAUCAUUGUCCAGCACGUACUCGCGAUCUACUCGCACCUGUAUUGGAUCACAAGCACCUUCGGUUCGGAUGGGUUCGACAUCUACCGUAAAGUGUUUUACUCUGCGUUGGAUGUGAUCGGUCGCGAUGGCGAGGCGUGUAUUCAAUUGCUGGAGCUAAUCGCGCCUGACCAAGUGGAUGUGGUCGGCGAAUUGGACGGUCUCGAGACAAACUCAGCCAAACGAAGCGCCACCACGUACUUUCUCAACGUUGCCGAGCAGCUGGUUGGCGUGCUACCGGACGAGGUGGUGGAAGAGCUCAUUCUACCCAUCUGUCGACCAUACCUCGAAAACACGCGCUUCACCGAUACAUUCGAAUCCGCUCACUCGGUAGUGCUGGCGCUAUACUCGAACCACAAGCGAUGCAUCCUCAACCUGGCGCCGUUCUACGUCGAGUUGUUGAUCGCCAGCUAUCCGAAAAGGUUGACAUCAAUGCAGUUCGAGUACGCUAUGUCCACCGUGGUUGCUGCAAUCAGCGACAGGAGUGAUUCGGUGGCUUGGUGGGUGAUUACCAAGUUGGCCGAUGAGAUCGAUCGAGAACGUCUGGCUGGGAGCGCAGCAGAGCGGACUGCAGAGGAUACGAUCCGCGCUGGUGGAUAUAUCGAAUCGAGCCAAGCUACCAGGCAGGAUGUCGAAGAAGCUACAGCGAACUCCGCCUCUGAGCACCCUACUGUACCCACCGUGGCUAGCGAAAACGUUGCUGCUCCCACUCAGCAGACCAACGCAGAUACAUAUGACCGACUCACCCACCUGCAAAUGUGUCUCAUCGGCUGCGUACCCAGCGUCAACCUCGUGCUGCUCCGUUCAGCGCUCGCAAAGGUGGAAGCGUACAUUAUGCAGUGCAAGCAACAAGAACGGUCCCUUUCACAAGCCAACGCCACACUUGACCAAAAUGAAAGCACCAGUAGCAGAUUGGCUCUGUGCCAAAAGACGUUUGACGCCAUUCAGGCGCUCAAUGCGGCGACGAGGGAGGAAGGGCUGCGAUGGUGGCUUGACCAUCGCACCAAGUUUGGUGUGUAA